AUGGAAUCAUCCGCGUCCGGUUCAGGAGAAUCGCAAACUCAAAAAAGAAGUGUUAUUUGGAUGCAUUUCACCAAUAUAUCGGAAGCUAAUGCAAAGUCUAAUCUUUGUAAAAAUAUUUAUUCGCAUAAAAAUGGAAACAUUAGCAAUUUAAGGAAGCAUUUGAAAACUAAACAUCCGACUCUUUCAUUGGAAGGAGAAAGAGCAAAACGGCGGGUGGAAGACGAAAAUAUGACUAGGUGCAAAAAGAACUUUGUUUCAGCGUCUGAUGUUAUCGCCAAUAAAUCGUUCUGGUUCAGAAACUACCUUCUGCGCGUAUUUUGCGUUAUAGUCACUCGGGUAAAUGGGUUAUCCUUUCUAACUGAAUACGAGUUGAUAUCGUUGCGAAUGAUUUUUUUCAGAUACUACUAG